GUGGGAUGCCUCUUUAUAUACAUAUUUAUUUACAUAUUGCUCUUAAAAUGAACUAUCGCUUUCUAACUGAAGUCUGAAGACUGACCGGAAUUGCUUUUUUCGGUUGCACGUGAAAAUUCCCGGAUCAAGAAAUAAAUCAUCAAGAGGCACCUGAGAUGAAAGGAAUAUAUUACUAGCUCGAGAGCUGUUUCGUUGCAGUAUUACACAACUACAGUUUUCUAUUGACAGUUCUCUUCGCCUUCCAUGUUUCAAACUGAGUAGUCUUUGUUCAUCGAUUCAAUUGUGGGGCUGUGUCCUAUUUUAUAAAAAAUACGAAUUGGGUUGGUAUCCUUUUUUAAAACAAUAUUUGUAAAUAGUUCUGAAAUCAGUUUUCAUAUAUCAUAAUGCCAACUGCCGCCACCAGUACUAAGGUAGAACAUGCCACCAGUCCGGCAGUAUCCAACACUGAAAGUAUGAUAGCUUAUUUGCAAGCGAUGAUGCAUAUGCCCGCAAUAGAGCGUAUGCGAUUUUGGCUGAUAACCUUAGGAGUACGAAUUGUAAUGUUCGUCUAUGGAGUGUUUGUAUGGGCCACCAUGGCAGUUAUGGGCGACCAAAAGCGCACAUUGUACUUGCCCGAAGAUGAUAUGAAGUUGCCUGGAUCCAAAGCCGUACGUAUUCCCAUGCGCAUUCUGGGCCCAGAGGACAUGCAGGAAAUACGCCAACAUGUGGAUUCGGCAACACCCUUUGUCAUACGCGGGUUGGAUAAGAGUGUAUUCACACCGGUUGACCUGAGCAACUACGAAGUGAAAGAUAACACACUGCUGGUGCACGUGCGGCAGAUGUGGGAUGCUACCUGCUGGAAACCGGCUCGGUUCGCAUACAAGUAUUUGAGCACGAGCCUGCCUUGGGACAGUCUAUUCCUUGUACGGAUUGAUCUGAUGGGCUCGUAUGACCGAGGAUUAACCCACAUUGAUAUCCUGCCCACGCGCAACUUCUACUAUCUGCAACAAGGCGAGAAGCUGAUUGAUAUUGUACCAAAAGAAUACACGGAUUUAGUAGAUAUGACGAUAGGUAUCGACAACUCUUACGUGACAUCCGAAGCCAGAGACUUCGAGUGUUCACGGUGGUUAGAAAACCUGCCGGCGGUAUACGAGACCGUUCUCCAGGCAGGCGAUGUCCUCUGCUUUGACAACGGGUCGUGUUUGCACAAGUUCAAGAACCUUGCGGGUCCGUCUGUAUCACAAUCGUUCCGUGUUGCCAACUUCCGAGCAUGCUACCGACCCCUAUUGAGACCUCUAAUGCUAUCCAUGGACACAGCCUGUCACGCAGCUCACAUUCUGUCUGUGCAACAAGUCUCCAGGAAUCCCAAGACGGUGGGGGAGACAGCUAUACAAGAAGCUCAGAAACAGAGCUGAUGGAAGUGGCAUGUUUCGGUGUUUAGUAAGACACGCCUUCAAGCGCAUAUAACAUUGCACGCAAUAAAAGUACACACGGUUAAAGUCGAUUGUAAUCGACGACGUCUUUAAGAAUUAGUGAUAGUGCUUCUACAAAUGGUAUUACAAAUACAAGAAGUUAUUCACGUCAGCAGUCUUAAAACGUGCGGAUAUAAUUUUUAUUGAUAGCAUGAUCAUAUUGAGUUUAACGAGAUUUGGGUUAUGUAGGUCUGUGUCAAAAGCAAUAUGUAACGGGUUCAUAUGAAAACCGAUGUUCCUAGUAUUACAAGAGGUGUACAUCAUAAAUUAAAUCAAGGAGCACCAGUAGUAAGAUAGGGAAGUAUUUUAUUUGCUCUGUAUUGUGUUACUUACCAAAAGGUCCAAAAAGAUCUCUAGUCGUCUGGGGAGUAUAUGGUAUUGUUUGGAUACUUGUUUGCUCCAUGUGCUCGCAAUUGACUCUGGAUAUAAUCCCGACGACCAGGCGAAUACUAUAUCAGGCCUUGAUUGGAGCAAUCUCGAAUAAGAAGUAUCCCGGUCAGAACGGAAUCCCAAAGGAAUAUGAUUGACAUGCACGCGCUGCAACUGCCUUGUUUCUUUUCAUGAUAGGCAAACUAUACGCAGAAGCCAUCUCGCAUAUCAAUACAACAUGCAUAUAAACCGGUGACUGGGACGUAAAGGCUUUAAAUAGCACAUAUUAAAUACACGCAUGGCACUUGCGGUGUAGACUCAAUGGCUGUCAGGGUGAAUUAUAACAACUGUGGGUACUUCGUGUUAUCUGUUUUCAUGAUCGCUGCGUUAUAUGUGCGUGUAUGAGCACAGCGGAGGCAUACACAAAUGUGUCAUUAUCAUUAAAAGCAGGUAUGACCCCCAUUGGCAUAUCAUUAAAAGCAGACAUGCCCAUUGGCUUAUCAUUAAAAUCAGGCAUGCCCAUUGGCUUAUCAUUAAAAGCAGGCAUGCACAUUGGCUUAUCAUUAAAAGCAGGCAUGCACAUUGGCUGUGACGAGCUGCGUACGGUACGAAAACCUGCACUGCACGAUUCACAAUUAACAUAUUAAUUAACUAAACGGCCUAGCCAUUCGCAGCGUAUCCGAAUGUAACGUAACAUUGCCGACGACCACUGCGCAGUAUUCUGGGUAAACCACUCCGCACCAUUCACAAGGAGAGCGUUUGACAGACGACGAAUCGAAUAGGAGAACAAGCCCAAUAGUCAGCAAUCGCUCUAGGCCGAUUAAAAGCUACUCCAGUGUUACUAGUCACACGCUAGUGUUACUAGUUACUGCAGCAGUAGUGCACCCUCGCCACUGCCACAGGUGUUGGCAUCAACAGCAACUGUACAUCUCUGUCGUAAACCAUUGGGGCCGGCAGUGCUUGUGCUUCAGGACGUUGCACAGCAAGCAGUAUCCACUGCAAUCGCAGCAGCUGUUUGAGGCCGUUGCCAUGGAAACCGCUCCCAUUUGCACCCAGCCCUACUCCCCAGGACUCUAGGCUAGGGCCGAGUCCUAAACUAGCGUCUGGGCAAACCCUCGGCAGAAGCACACGCCUGCGCUCACAACUUGCUUGAUGCGCAAUCACUACAAUUGAACCGCACGGAGGGACGACCCGUAUAGCUAUACGACACCAGCCUGUACACGACCCAGGCACUAGGAGAUACCAGCCACACUACCCACACACUUGAAGACACCAGCCACACUACCCACACACUUGAAGAUGCCAGCCACACUACCCACACACGUGGUGAGGCGGGACAGGCUCAGGGUCCUUAGCCUGUGGUCCGAUCCGCCCAACACACUUCCAUAGGCUACGUGCAUGCACCUCGCACACACAGCGUCGUGCACUCCUCCUCCUCCGCUCGCGCGUGUGUCAUGUGCUAGAUAGGUGCGUAUCACUCAUGGUCAGUCUCGGCUAUCCUGUGUCGUGUCUGUCUGUGCAGUUCAUAAUCCGCAAAGGUGCGUGUCAUCUGACGUUGGUACUGCUCGGCCGAGGGCUGCCAUUUGCUGCGCAGGAUGCGGUGGAUGGC